UGGCGAGCUUCCAGUUGCGCUGAGGCGAGUCAUGCGCUCAUCCCGGAUCCGAACAUCUGUGGUGCCUACGAGAAGCGAGAAAGAGCGCUGGGACGAUGCUUGGAAGAUGCUUUUGCGGGAACAAGAGACGGAACUUCACAUACGAUGAGGCCCGCAGCGCGUGGAUAACAUGACUGGUGGAGGCACACCGGGAAGACUACGCUCGCUGCAGCACACAAAUAUGCAUGUCUCCGGAAGUGCAUUGUCAGGAUGUCGAGGCUUCUCGUUCCUAAGGCGAGCCUCGCAGCUGAGAUAAGACUAGUCAUUUUUCUUCUGCUGUCACUACGCUGCGUCGUUUACCGCUACGGAACGGGAUACAACGCACUUGCGAACCGAGGACUCACCACCACUUCUAACAGCCUUGCAUGCAUGUUUUGGGAGCAUCUCAGUCUUCUGCGUUCUCAGAGGACGUUGAGCUUGAUCACAACUCAGUCCCGCAUGUUUCUUGUAUCCCAUAUGGAAGGCUCAUUGAUGACACGGUGUCUAUGUCAGAUGUCAGAAGCGUCAUUUUACCCCUGUUCGCCAUCACGAAUCCGAACGUCACGGAUGGUAUUGGGUACGCCCGUCCCGGUUGAUAUCGGAAGUCCCCUAAGAGUCCUUGUUUUACCAUCCUUUCGCGACGGUUGUCUUAAGGUUGGCCCACCAAUGUCAGAACUUCUAUGAGAUCAGGUCUAAGCCUUUUCAGAUCUUGAUGUUCGGUGAGCCAUGAUUGAGCAGUCUCGACAUUCAUCGGAUUCCUGAUCCAGAUGCCAUGACUUCGUGGCGU